AUUAAAAGAAAAACGGCACUUCUCAUAACACCACCAACCACAAAAUACUCAACCAUAUUAUGGACAUUAACGGAUUUAGUGGUGGUCGCGUACAGUAUUUACAGGCUCAGUUGUUUCCUGUCUGCACACUAACAACAUCCAAUGGAGCUGGCUUCCUAGGAAAUUUUCUUUCGAAGGGUCUGAAGACUAAUCAGCUAGUACUUAACACAGAUGAAAAAACAUUAAGACCUAUUGCACGAUUGAAGGAACCGCGUGAUCUUUUCGCACUGCCGAAGGACAAGGACAAUGAUUGCUCACAGCAGGCCCCCAGAUGGCCGAUAGAAUGUCAGGUUAUUGAGGAGCGCAUUAUACACAUUCCCUACGUGCCGCCCCAUGCAGAACCACUUAAUGUUUUGACGGGUAAUGAGCUGAAGCCGCGUCCAGUAGGCGAGGAAAAUGGCAUUAUUGUGUUUAACUACUGUCCCAUAAGUGCAGUCAAUUACGAAAACUCUUAUGCCAAACCCAAAGCAGAGGAUAAGUCUAGCGACGAUUCAGAUGAUUCUUCAGAUUCAAGAAACGACUUUACACCAGUCAUUCAUAGAAUGACGCAACAUGAUGAAAAUGGUCAGAUUAACAGCGUGUCUAAAAUAUUAAGUAGCGUAGACGAUCGCUCGACCAGCAACUCGCAGGAUGACGAUGACUACGAUACGAGUGGUGAAAGCAACGAAACGCAUGAGAGCACAACUAUCCAAAAUCUUAUCGAAACCAAGAAGACUGCCGUAUCUGGUAUAAGUUCUAUUAAAGGUUGCAGAAAUAUAAACAGCAAAGAUGCCAUAGAAAUCGACGAUAUUUGGAACAACACAAGUAAUGAGUACAAACCCGCCUCGCCUUACUACGUACUCAGUCAGUUUGGAAAGAAAGUAUCCAAGGCGGUUAUCGAUAAGCUCAUCGAUUAUGACCAGCAGUCCACAAUUGAUAGCAAUUCCACUUCAAGCAAGGUACACAAUAAAUUUGCGGUCACACCCUUUAAGCUCCCCAAAACAAAUAUUACGCGUUUGGAGGUGGCUUUCCAAAGCAGCUCCCGCCAAUUAUCUGAUGCUCCACCAAGUCGCAAGAGCGUGGUCCAUGUGAUCGGUAACUCGGAUGUGGAUAAAAAUGGCAGCGAUGACAGGGAUAGUAGUGACAAUGUCAAGGAUGUCGAGCUAAUUAAGGGCGGCGGUAAAAACUCUUUCAAUCGUCUGGUCGGUGGCGCUGAUAAGAUAAAAACAAGUUCAAGCUACGUUUCAGAUACGGAUACACUAGUGGGAGAAGAAAACGUUUGCAGACUAGCAUCGUUCGAUGGUAAGGGGGCAGUACAAUUGCCUUUGAUUCAAACACCGCUCUCCAAACGAGCGGUAAGCGUAGCGGCAGCAGUUGCAGCUGUUGCAAGGGGACGUCGCCGUGGCUUUGCGCGAAUAUCGAACACUGAUAUCGGGCGCAAUCAUAAAAAAACAAGCACCAACACUAGCACCAAUGAACUAAGCAGGGAUAAGUCCACUCAAGAUAUAAAAAUUAAUGAGAAGACAUCGUUUCAAUUACAACCAAUUUCCUAUGAUAUUCCCCAAAUGCAGUUUAGUCGCUCAGCGGUGGGUGGUGCCAAAUUUGUGACCAACUGCCAUCCAAUGAAUGCAGAGGAAUACGAUAGUCUAGAGUUUGAGUCACGCUUUGAAUCGGGGAAUCUGGCAAAAGCAGUGCAAAUCACUCCUACGUACUAUGAACUUUACUUAAGACCCGAUCUUUAUACAAGCCGGUCUAAGCAGUGGUUCUAUUUUCGCGUUCGACGCACUCAUCGAAACAUGUUAUAUCGCUUCUCCAUUGUCAACUUGGUUAAGUCGGAUAGCCUUUAUAACGAUGGAAUGCGACCUGUCAUGUACUCUACACUGGGUGCUAAAGAAAAGAGCGAGGGCUGGCGAAGAUGUGGCAACAACAUUUCAUAUUAUCGUAACGACGAUGAAAGUAACAACAACACUAAUGAGGAAGAGGAGGAUAAUUCAAGUUAUACACUCACAUUCACAAUUGAGUUUGAACAUGAUGAUGAUACAGUGUAUUUUGCCCACAGUUAUCCUUACACCUACAGUGAUUUGCAGGACUAUUUAAUGGAGAUACAGCGUCAUCCAGUGAAGUCGAAAUUUUGUAAGCUACGUCUUCUCUGCCGUACAAUAGCUGGCAACAAUGUGUAUUAUCUCACCGUCACGGCACCUUCUAAUAAUGAGGACAAUGUGCGGCGCAAGAAAUCAAUAGUGGUAUCGGCUCGUGUGCAUCCUAGUGAGACCCCAUCCUCGUGGAUGAUGAAGGGUUUGAUGGACUUUAUAACUGGCGAUACAACGGUCGCUAAGCGACUGCGUCACAAAUUUAUCUUUAAACUUGUGCCUAUGCUAAACCCAGAUGGCGUCAUUGUGGGAAACACUCGCAACUCGCUAACUGGCAAGGACUUAAAUCGGCAAUAUAGAACUGUUAUUCGAGAGACAUAUCCAUCGAUUUGGUAUACAAAAGCCAUGAUUAGAAGGCUGAUUGAGGAAUGCGGUGUGGCAAUGUAUUGUGAUAUGCACGCUCAUUCACGCAAGCACAAUAUAUUUAUCUAUGGCUGCGAGAACAAGCGCAAUCCUGAGAAAAGACUUACUGAGCAGGUCUUUCCAUUGAUGCUGCAUAAAAACAGUGCCGAUCGGUUUUCGUUUGAAAGCUGCAAAUUUAAAAUACAGCGGAGCAAAGAAGGCACAGGACGCAUUGUUGUUUGGAUGCUUGGUAUCACAAAUAGCUAUACGAUUGAGGCGUCUUUUGGCGGUUCCUCGCUGGGAUCGCGUAAGGGCACCCAUUUCAAUACACUGGAUUAUGAGCACAUGGGACGUGCAUUUUGUGAGACUUUAUUGGACUAUUGUGAUGAAAAUCCAAACAAAGUAAAGCGACAUGCUAAAUUAUUUAAGCAAAUCAAAAAGAUAAGAAAACGAGAGAAACGCGAACAGAAAGCAUUGAAAUUAAAAAAAAUGGCUGAUCAGGGAUGUAUUAUAAGCGACAAGUUGAGAGUGAAACGUUCUGUGGAGAAAAGCGUCUCCUAGGAAUAUGUCCUUCACUCAUUACACUAGGCAGCAGUCAGAAAGCCACAGGGACAAAACCCACUUUGUUUUAUAGAUAUGGGGCGCCAUAUGGUGUAGUUUUUUUGUAUUUUCAAAUUUUGUUGUUUUUUUUUUUAGCUUUUUUCAUCGGUGAGCUUUAAUUUUUUAUAAUUUCUCAAGAAUGCCAAAGCCAAUUUGAAAUAGCCCUUUUUUUUCAGAAAGCUAAUGAAUAUAUUUGUAAUUGAUUCAUAGAGUUUCGAAUUUUAGACAAUAGUUUACAGUAAUACGAUUUUGUUUUAGUGCCGCUUCUCCAUCGAUUUUAAUAAAUAAUAACUUAAACUACGCCUAAUUAACGAUACUAUGUAAAUAAAGGUUCAAUCGAUAUACAAGAAAUUUUCUUCGAAUCGUCCUAGUACUUUAAAGUAAACCAAAAAAAUGUAAAAAGAAAACCUAAAGAAAUAAUUAUAAUUUUCAUAAUUAACAAGCAGAAAUAUUCAUUAGCUUUCAGAAAACGUAAAGUAUUUUUCAAUUGGCAUGCAUUCUCGAGCAAUGAUAUCAAAUAUAGGUGGACCUUUUAAAACAGCUUAGAAAUAACCAAAGCUAAAGUAAAAAGUAUUAAAAGAAAACCAAAGCUUAAGUUAACAGUAUUUAAAAAAAAAACCGUAAACAAUUUUUAAAGUUGGUUUUUGUCAUCUGGGGCCUCACGUGUAACAAUAACAUAACAGUGGGUUUGUACCCAGUACCUCGGAAAAAUUUCACUUUUGUUUCCUAGUGUUAUUACAUGUACACAGAUACACCCCGAUUUAAGCAUACCUCCUACGCCAAUUGCUUUUUGCUACAUGAUUGUCCAAUUUUUGAUGUUGUUUGGUUUUGCCAUGUGUACUAUAUUGCUGAUUACCCCUGACACCACAUAAUUAAAAAAAUAAAAUCGAAAAUAUAGAUCGCGUGGCUUGCAUUGGCUUAGGCCGAAUAUUUAUUUAUAUGUAUUCUAUGUUAAAUACAAUAAUGUUGCCAAAAUAAUUAAUUUGAAUGCUAUCUAUCGCCCAUCGCCGUUUUUGUAUAUUAGUUUUUUAAAAGAAGCUUUCGCAAUCAAUCUUAUAGGUAACAAAUUUAAAAGCAAUUUUGUAUAUACGAGGGCUGCUUAAUAAGUUCCCGUAGCCUACGAGUCAACUACCAUAAGAAAACCAUUAUAGUAAUCUUGAAUAUUUUUUGAAAAAGAAUUUUUCAACGAAAACAAGAAAGAGAUCGAGUCAAGAUUUGACUACGUUGUGAUUCUACUAACGCAAGUGACACAAAAUGUUAAGGCUGCCCAAAAAGAGGGGGUCACGCCAAAAACCAUCGAUAAAAUCCAUUGAUUAAUACUGAACGAUAGAAGUAUUUAAGUCCGUAAGCAAGCUGAGGUUGUAGGCAUCAUCCCCCUGUUGCAAUUUUCUGCUUAGAAACCAGAAUUAAAGGCUGAGCUUGAUUCAAAUAAAUAGGACCACACAUACCUUUUUUGUUGAGGACCUUAAAAUAUUCUAUUAUUUGAAAAGAAGAAAAAUAAAUUGUAAAAAAGCUGGGAAAAAGAGUUGAAUGGAUCUAUAUUGAGAAAUAAUGUUUCUUGGCCGAAGAAAAUUUUUAUUUAAAAAUUCACGGACUUAUCAAACAUCCCUCGUAUAUUGACAAGGGCCUAUAUGCGUCCGCUGGUCUGACAGCCGAUCCAAAAUAUGGACAUAUUAUAUUGUAUACAGGAAUAAAUACACAUAUGCUUUGCUACACAGCAAUAUAUACAUAAGUAAAAGUAUACUUAGCAUCGAAACGCACAUUUAUCGUUUAGACGUACAAUUUUCGAUUAAAUUAUUUUUAUCGUAUACUUAAGUAGAAUGUUUGUUUGUAGUUUUCAUACAGCUUGCCGUAUACUGUUAAAAAUAAAACUAUUUUGUUCACAAUUUUAA